CGCACCACUGACGGCCCGCAUAAUUCCAAAUCAUGAUAUGGGGCUCGGCUGGGUGUUUUGAUUUGAGUUAGCUGAGCACACACCAUGCUCACCCUCCCUCACGAGGCUCCUACGUGGAUGAAAUCGUCUCCGAUCCCUCUACUCACUACCUCAAUGAUGCUGUUGAUGAUGGAGUCACAUUCCUUGUUGUGGUGGGAGGGGAGUCGUCCUGAUGGCCUGAGGUGUUGGGGUCGAAGAAGGGCCGUCUCUUCACCGGAUCGCUACAAAUGUAGGAGGUCGGGGAUCGGGACUAGCCGCGCGCUACUACUCCGUGGUUCUCUCACCUCUCCAUCAAAGUUUGCACCCCUUUCACCAUUAACCCGCCUUGUUGGGCUUCUGUGUACGAAGUAUUCCGUACCCGAUGCUCAUAGCGUUUCUUACAAAGGUAGGGCUGAACGCUUUUUGAAGUCACCCAUGUAUCGCCAAAUCGUAGCCGCUGAGACCUCACGAAACAGGCCCGUUUGCAGCCUCGCCAUGUCAUCGGACUACCUAGGUAUUCUGUCAUAUGCGUUCACAGCAGCGAUGAUAACUGCGCCUGAUCAAAACACAACGAAGAUAUCCGAAGAUAUCUCUACAAAGCUCCUCAAUACAGCACCCGUCCAUCUCUUCACUUUCGGGAAAUGACUAAUCAACCACGAAAUAUCCAACCACCAAGCUCGCAAUAUUCAUCUCGUCGCCCUCUAAAGCGCCUUCCGACGUGAUAGAACUUUUUUCAUCAUGACCAAUUUCUAGCCGCGCUACUAAUAUGUCUGAGAGCAAAGCCAAAGAGCUCAUGGAUACUGUC